GGCUCUCCCCGCUACGGCACCGUCGGCACAGGCGAGCGAACUGCUUCGAGUUCGGAGGAAGGAAGCGGCGGCGCGCGAGAAGCAUCGCGAAGCGGAGAAUGGGGGUGCCGCUCUGCCGCCUCCCGCUCCUCCUGCUCCUCGUCCUAGCCCUCUCGCCGCAGGGGACGCGGUGGCCGGCGGCAGCCGCGGUGGCGGCGCGGCGCAUCGCGCCGCUGCCCACCGCCGCGCUGCGCCGCCUCUACGACACCUCCAACUACGGCAGGCUGCAGCUCAACAACGGCCUCGCCCUCGUGCCCCAGAUGGGGUGGAACAGCUGGAAUUUCUUCGCCUGCAACAUCAACGACACGCUCAUCCGCGAGACAGCUGAUGCGUUGGUCUCGACGGGGCUGGCUGCUUUGGGAUACAACUACGUAAACAUCGACGACUGUUGGUCCUACGUGAAACGAGGAAAUAAGGGUCAAUUGCUACCUGAUCCGAAGACUUUCCCUUCUGGAAUCAAAUCACUUGCGGACUAUGUGCACGGAAAAGGUCUAAAACUUGGUAUCUACUCUGACGCUGGGGUAUCUACUUGUCAAGUUCGACCAGGAUCACUCCAUCACGAAAACGAUGAUGCUGCCCUUUUUGCUUCAUGGGGUGUUGACUAUCUAAAGUAUGACAACUGUUACAAUCUAGGAAUACCACCAAAGGAAAGGUAUCCUCCAAUGCGUGAUGCUCUAAAUUCAACUGGGCGCCAGAUAUUCUACUCUCUAUGUGAAUGGGGCCAGGAUGAUCCAGCUUUAUGGGCUGGAAAAGUUGGAAACAGUUGGCGUACAACAGAUGACAUACAGGAUACAUGGAAAAGCAUGACUGACAUUGCUGAUAAGAACAACAAGUGGGCAUCAUAUGCUGGACCCGGUGGAUGGAAUGACCCGGACAUGUUGGAAGUUGGAAAUGGUGGCAUGACCUUUGCAGAGUACCGUGCACAUUUCAGCAUCUGGGCACUCAUGAAGGCGCCUCUCUUAAUUGGUUGUGAUGUCAGAAAUAUGACUUCAGAAACAAUUGAAAUAUUGAGCAACAAAGAAGUAAUUCAAGUAAACCAAGAUCCUCUUGGAGUUCAAGGAAGAAGAAUUUUAGGGCAAGGAAAAGGUGGAUGCCGUGAGGUGUGGGCUGGCCCCCUCUCUGGCAACCGUUUGGCUGUUGCUUUAUGGAAUCGUUGUUCGGAGACGGUUAAUAUCACGAUGACAUUGCCAGCUGUAGGCCUUGAUGGUUCAUCUGCCUAUUCUGUUAGAGAUCUGUGGAAGGAUCGUGGGGUCUAUGAUGCCUGGAUAAACCACUGUAGAAGAACCAAGGUAUAUGCCAUUGUGGUUGCGGCAUAGAGCUGCCACUGCCCGCCUCGCCUGUUCCUUGCUAUGGCUGCGUCCGCAUUCAGCUUGACGACGCCCACUUCUGGAGCGAGUCUUCGCUGGGUUUGACAUGGGUCCAGCCGGCCUCACCACUGUAGCUGAAAGCUGCUCCAGUUCUGUAAUAAAGUUAUUCAGGAAAGGUAUGGUCUGUUGUGGACUCUGGAAAAUUGCCAGUUCUGUAAUAAAGUUAUUCAGGAAAGAUAUGGUCUAUUGCGGACUCUAGAAAAUUGCCUCGUAUAUCGCUUUCCGCCGUGCAUACCACAGUGCCCACAAGGUGACGGCCAUCUUGGUGAACUUUGAGUGAUCCAACGAACUGUACAGUUCAAACAUCCAGUUUUUACAUCCAGUUUUUAGCACUAGGCUCCUCAAACUCUGCCAUUUUUGAGACUAUGUCCUCAUCAGAUAGUGCCCACACACACCUCGCCAUAAUGCAUGAUAUUAAUGCAUGUCUGCAUGAAUCCUGGCAACCACACAGGGGGCACGCAUCCUGGAGGGCCAUGUUGCGGUUUGGGCAGCGAAUGGCGUGCCAGCCUCCAUGGAAUUUUUUUAAUCUUCGAAGGCAUUGACAUCUUCGACAACGCAGUCCAUGCUUUCUCAUUUUCUCUUGUCGAUGUCCCACUUCUCCCCUCUAACCAUUCUUCACGCUGCAUCUUUGUUCUGAUCAAAAAUCUGUAAGCAGAGCUAACAGUAAACCCUCCUUUCUUCUCCGGAUACCAUGCCGAAAAGUCAUUCGUGUUGCAAGUGCAAACUGGAAUUUUCGAAAUAGCGUCCGCAUCGAAAGGGAUGAACACUGAUCGGAUGAACUCCUCAUUCCAUGACCCCGUCGCAGGUGACAGUAGCUCCGCCACUUUCCUUGGGGGAUCAUGUACAAGGGAAGUAAUCGGUCUUGGUGUAGAUUCUUUAGGAAUCCAGUUGUCCGCCCAUAUGUCUGUAGUAUGACCAUGACCAAUCCGCCUGAUGAUACCUUUGCUUCAACACAUCCCUUCCCUUGAAUAUAGGGCGCCAAAUCUGUGAUGGACGGUUCCCAAGCUCAGCUUCAAGUAAUGUCGUUUCCGGGAAAUGACUCGCUUUGAGUAUUCUGGAACUCAAAGAUAAAGGCUCUUAAAAACUUCUCCAAGCCCGUCUCGCCAAUAAAGCAAGGUUAAACAGCUCUAGAUCUCUGAAUCCAAGUCCUCCCAAACGUUUUGGUCUUGUCAUCAUAUCCCACGAGACCCAAGCCGGUUUCCUCUCUCCUUGCCUGCACCCCCACCAAAACUUUUGGAUUGUAGACUUUGUAUGAUCACAUAAACCUCUUGGGAGUUUGACACAAGACAUAGAAUAUACCGGGAUCGCUUGGGCUAUAUAGGUUUGAUGAGGACCUCCUUGCCGUCCGCUGAUCAACACUUGCUCAUCCAACCUUUAACUUUGUCCCAUACCCGAUCACUUACAUAUUUAAAGGUUCCAUUUUUCGAAUGCCCUACAUCUGUGGGCAUCCCAUGUACCUGCCACUCAAAGAUUCAUUAGGGACAUGAAGGAAACCCUUUACUUCAUCUCGUACUAUCUCCAGGGUCCCCUUGCUAAAGAAAAUCGAUGACUUUUCGCUGUUUAUUCUCUGUCCCGAUGCCAUACAAUAUGACUCCAGUAGGUUUAAUACUUGCUCUGAAAAACAGCAGGCUAUCAUCCACGAAUAAAUGAUGGUUCACCAGCGGAGCCGAUGGUGCCACCUUAAUGCCGCCGAGCAGGGAUGAUUGAUUUUGUGAUUUCAAACAUCUCCUCCUGAGUGAACUCCUAUUCUUUUUUUUUUUGCUCCUAUUCAAGUGUCAAGAUGGUGGCAUCGUUUACAAGCUUUUGGAUGAU